GGCGUUGACAAUUGUGUGAAAAUUUAUCAGCGCAGACGACUUUCAAAUAGAAUAAGCAGUGAAUAAGUGUUGAGUUAAAUUUGCGGAUAAGUUUAUAUGCAAAUCAGGUGGAGAAAAAUUCUUCUAAUUUUUAAUUGCAAAAAUUAUAGUUAGAAUUAUUAAUGUGUAGCGAAGUCGGGUAAUUUUCGUACUAAAUACGGAACUGAUGCUGGAGCACAACCUCAAGAGUUAGCUGAGUACGUGUUGGAGCAGCUGGUGAUACGUGCAUUACGCAGAUUUUUCUGUUGUACGAGGCCGGAAAGUUUUAAAUGAUAUAGUAAAACGAUUUUCAAUAGUACGCUUUCCAAACUUCAUUUGUGGGCGUCAGCAAGUGCGAUUUUUUCAUUUGGAGAACUACUUUGAAGUUGAAGUUUUGGAAAUUUUUGGCAAAUUAUCCCAUUACCUUUAACUUACGCUCUGUAGCGUACAGAGACCAGCAACACGUGUAAAACACAAACAUAUACUCAGUCAUAAUGGCAACUGGUGAGACAGCGGAUGCCAUUGAAAUGGAAACGGUUAACCGACAAAACUCAAAUGAGCAGGCGAAAGUUGACAAUAUUGCCAACAUCCCGCCUGCAACUUCGAAGCCGUCCACACCAUCGCCACCACUGGUUGUCAACACCGUCACCAUAACACCGCAUGUCACGUCGGAGAAGAGAUUAUCUAGUGAUGAAACCUUAGCACAAUUACAGGACGUACAUCAAAGUACGAAUGCCGUAAAUAGUAUAUUACCUGCUGCGCCAUCGACGUCACGCAACUUUUAUAGUGAGGCAGCUGCGGCACACGGUGGCGAUGAGUCUACACGGCUCAUGCAAGCUGAAAUGGAAAUAAGUGCGGCGCAGCAACAGCGUUUACGUAGUGCCAGUUCGACAUUAGACGCCAGUGUAUCGAGAAACCCGUCAGCGGCCGGUAAGCAUGAGAAGAAAAUUGGACAUCGGCGCGUUGACGAAGGUGGCGAGGUGACAUAUAAACGCAUACAAUCUAAGCAAAUAAUGGGCUCCAUUCAGUUGGGCAUACAGCACACGGUUGGCAGUUUGGCCAGCAAACCCAAACGGGACUUGCUCAUGAAAGACUUUUGGGAAAUGGAAACAAUAGCUUUUCCGCCAGACGGUUCAUCGAUAACGCCAGCUCAUCAUUAUAGCGAAUUUCGUUUCAAAGUUUAUGCGCCCAUUGCUUUUCGGUACUUUCGCGACUUGUUCGGCAUAGCACCCGAUGAUUUUCUCAUGUCCAUGUGUGCUUCACCGCUGCGUCAACUAUCGAAUCCAGGCGCAUCCGGUUCGAUAUUCUAUUUGACCGACGACGAUGAGUUUAUCAUAAAGACAGUGCAGAAGAAGGAAUGUGAAUUUUUACAAAAACUACUGCCGGGCUACUACAUGAACUUGUCACAGAAUCCGCGCACUCUACUGCCAAAAUUCUUCGGGCUCUACUGCUUCCACUACAAUGCGAAGAAUGUGCGUUUGGUGGCGAUGAACAAUCUAUUGCCCUCUGAUAUCAAAAUGCACGCGAAAUACGAUUUGAAAGGCUCCACAUUUCGUCGUAAGGCAUCGAAAACCGAACGGCAGAAAGCCAGUCCUACUUUUAAAGAUUUAGACUUCAUGGAACAUCAUCCAAAUGGUAUUUUUCUCGAAACAGAUAAAUAUAACGCACUCAUAAAGACAAUUCAGCGAGAUUGUAUGGUGCUUGAGAGCUUCCAGAUAAUGGACUACUCGCUGCUCGUGGGCAUACACAAUCUGGACUUGGCGCAAAAAGGAAAACGUGAGGAGCGCAUACGAAAUGCACGUGCCAAACUGCAACGCUCCGAAGAGGUGCGCGAGGCACCAGAGCCACCAGAUUUUGAUCAAACGAUGAAUGCUGGUUCAACCACUGCGCUGCAAUCGGCUGGCACCGCAUUGAAUCGCUCGCGCAGCAUGAAUCGUCAGCGCUUGGUGGCACAUUCUACGGCACUCGAAUCGAUCACCGCCGACAUGGACAUACCUAUGGAGGAAGACGAAGAUGUGCCCGCGGGUGGCAUACCAGCACGUUCCGAGAACGAUGAACGUCUGAUCCUGUACAUCGGUAUAAUCGAUAUCUUGCAAUCGUACCGUUUGGAGAAGAAGCUCGAGCACACGUUCAAGAGCAUCAUUUACAACGGCGACACGGUCUCGGUGUGCCGACCAUCCUUCUAUGCGCAACGUUUCCAAAAUUUCAUGGGUAAAACUGUGUUCAAGAAGACGCCCACCUUUCCGCUGAAACAUUCCCCGUCGAAGCGAAAGAGCUCGACAACGCUGCGCACACCGCAACGCACGCCAUCACAGAACUUGGCCUCGCAUACACGCCCACCGCUGUUAUCCGGUUCAUCGACGCCGCCACCAGCCUUCGACGAUAUCUCCGAAGAAGAUAUUACAGCUACACCCUCCACCACAGGCGGCAUGUACCGCAACUCGGCGGUUAAUGGCGGUCGCCCACACUUGGCGCCGCAACGCUCUUACCUGAGUUCCAAUCGCAGCGCCAUAAGCAGCGCCACCGACGACUACAGCGACGAUGAGGUAGCCUCCAGCAGUGGCGCACGCUCGCCCACUCGCCGUGCACGUUCGCCACGGCUCUCCAAAACCGAUGUGCAGGUGACCACCAUCGGCUGCAUUGAAGACGCGCCGGUGCAUGUGCACGACGUCGACAACAACGGCAUCGUGGUCAACACCAAGUCGGGUGUACUCAUGAACAGUACCGAGGAAAUCAACUCCAACGGUAUCCAGCGUAAAACAACACUUGUGAAGGCGGUGCAAUCGCAAACCUACACAACCACUUUGGUGCUGAACGAUGUCAGAUGAGUGCAAAGCAACGUCUGUAGCGCUUCGGGCGGCGUUUGUGCGGGGCUAGCAGAAGAACAAGUACAUAUAGUAAGGAAAGUGAUCGUGUGAUGGGCUAAUAUACAUAUUAUUUAAAUAAACGAAAAGUUGAACGUCGUCUGUGCGAGUGCCAGCCAUCAUAUACCAAGUGCGCUUAAUACUACACUAAGCAAUCGCUUAUUUAUUAGAAAUAAUAUUAGCUGUUAAAAGUACUCGAAGUCUGCGGUUGUCGUGCUUGUUGAAAGCGCGAGUAAUCCGAUGCAAUAACGGUUGUUUUUAUUUGCAUGCAAAUCGCCUGAUUAGUGCCUGAGUCAUUUCGGUUAUGAAAAGUGUUGCUGCGCUGGUGCUUGCUGCCUUCCGAAUCGAAAAACGAAAUCUACUUUUAAGCUUUAUGUUUCCUUGAGUAUUAUUUUCUUUCGAUAUCUGCUUUAUUUACUUUAUGCUUAUUUGUGGCUAUCAUCGAUAUUAUUUAAAAGUUUACUUUUCGUUGACUAUCUUAAAUUAAUUGACCAAUGUGCGAUUAUAAUGAUAAUUAAAUAUUCAUAUGCCUACAUACACACUUACAUAUUUAUGCACAGGCGCAGUGGAACUGCGUAUAUUAGAAAAAACAUUAUAUAAUUUUUAAGCGUUUCGGUGAUACAGAUUUUUGUUGUUAGAAAACGUUUUCAUCUGGAAAUUUACACAGCUAUUCUCGCUGGUAAGGCGUUCGGUAAAGUUGGCUAACGGAUUAACCACUGGUAUUAGUAAUAAUCUAACUUGCUAUUAUAACUUUUAGCUCUAAUAUUAAUUAUUUAUAACGUAUUUAUCCUACUGAUUGUAAAGCAAGAUUAAGAGUCUACUAUAAUCAUAGUAUUACACAGCGAACCGACAUAAAAGGCAAUCUUUAUAUUUUUAUGUA